AUGUCUACAGAUCUUGAAUUGUUCCAAGAUUUGGACAAAAUAAAAUUACCCAAACUCAAGAUUCAAUCUUCCAAUGAAAAUGGUGUCGAGAUUCAAGAGGAAAACAAGAAUCAAGAUGAGUGUUCAACGCCAAACUCGGAAGAAAACAAGAUCCCUGUAGUUUCGUCAUGUCCGCCUGCACCAAGGAAACCUAGGAAGAGAGCUGUUUCAUGCAAAAGAAAGCUGUCUGAACUUCAGUUCUUCGAGAUCGUGAACAGGGAAGAAGUUGAUGCUUUUUUCAAAGCUGGUUUUGAUGGUUCUAUCUCUAAAAGAAGAUUUGAAUUUCUCGGAGAUGAUUUUCCUCGAGAAAGUGAGAGAAAGCGAAAGAGAAAGAGAGAGAAAGCGGCAGAAUGGUCCAAUGUGCUGUAG